GCAGCAGGAAGAGCCGCUGCUGUAAUAAACAAACGCAGUGGAAACGGCUGGUAGCUCCAGGUCCUAGUCCCAAAACCCGCAGGUAUUCACCAAUAAAAAGCCUCAGCACAGACUUAUCAAGACCCCGUCUAGACUCCCGGCAUUACCGGGUCUCAGCCUUAACCAGACCUCCGGGUCUUCACCGGGACCUGCUCGACCGGGGAGACGCUCACCGCACCGGGAGUUUAAAAGGGAUUAAAAGGUCUCUUCAGCCGUCGUCCAGCUCCGAGUGAGAACCAAUAACGGGUCAACUAACCUUAACGUGAACAGGUGAACAUAAGCAGGUGAACAUGACGGAUCUGAGGCGGCGAGGUGGAGGCGGCGACACCGACAACAGCGACAACAUCAGCGACAAGGAGGCUGACGGAGAGGACCGGCUGGCCUGUCCAGGGGAGGCGGAGUCUAAGGAUGCAACCCCUGAUGUGGCCCCCCCCUCCGAGAACACCCCACACUGUCUCAACAAGGCCCUGGAGGGCCUACCACCCAGAUGGAAGAAUUACUGGAUCCGGGGAGUUCUUUCUCUGGCCAUGAUUUCUGGUUUCUUCCUCAUCAUCUACCUUGGUCCCAUCACCCUCAUCCUAGUGGUGAUGACGGUGCAGAUAAAGUGUUUCCAGGAGAUCAUCACCAUCGGCUACCGGGUGUACCGCUCCUACGAGCUGCCCUGGUUCAGGACGCUCAGCUGGUACUUCCUUGUGUGUGUGAACUACUUCUUCUACGGUGAGACGCUGGCGGACUACUUCGGGGCCCUGGUGCAGAGGGAGGAGCCACUGCAGUUCCUUUCCCGCUACCACCGCUUCAUCUCAUUCGCGCUCUACCUGGCAGGUUUCUGCAUGUUUGUGCUGAGUUUAGUGAAGAAACAUUACCGCCUGCAGUUUUACAUGUUUGCCUGGACCCAUGUGACCCUGUUGAUCGUUGUCACUCAGUCCCAUCUGGUCAUUCAAAACCUCUUUGAAGGGAUGAUCUGGUUCAUCGUUCCCAUCUCCAUCGUGAUCUGCAACGACAUCAUGGCCUACCUGUUUGGCUUUUUCUUUGGAAGGACUCCACUGAUAAAGCUCUCCCCUAAGAAGACAUGGGAGGGGUUCAUCGGAGGUUUCUUCUCCACGGUGGUCUUCGGGUUCUUGCUGGCCUACCUCCUGGCUCAGUUCCAGUACUUUGUCUGUCCGGUGGGCUACAACAGCGAGACGUACCGCUUCACCGUGGAGUGUGAGCCCUCAGAGCUCUUCAUCCUGCAGGAGUACACACUCCCGGCCGUGGUGCAGAACGCGCUUGGGAAGGAGACGGUUCAGCUGUACCCCUUCCAGAUCCACAGCAUCUUCCUGUCUUCCUUUGGGUCGCUCAUUGGACCGUUUGGUGGAUUCUUCGCCAGCGGUUUUAAAAGAGCCUUCAAAAUAAAAGACUUUGCCGACACCAUCCCAGGUCAUGGUGGGAUCAUGGACCGCUUUGACUGUCAGUACCUGAUGGCCACCUUCACCCACGUCUACAUCGGUAGCUUCAUCAGAGGUCCUAACCCCACAAAGGUGCUACAGCAGCUGUUGGGUCUGCAGCCUGCGCAGCAACUCAGCAUCUUCAACACUUUGAGCUCCCACCUGAGAGAGAGGGGCAUGCUGCCCCCUGCUGGACUGUAGUGUGUGACUGUAGUGUGUGUGACUGUAGUGUGUGUGACUGUAGUGUGUGUGUGUGUGUGUGUGUGUGUGUGUGUGUGUGAGAGAGACACAUGCAUGUGGGCAGCAUGCUGGGCCACAACUUUUUAUCAAACUACAGUGAACUACUAUUACCCUUUUGAGCGCUGACC